UUCAGGUGGCUUCACGGGUGUCCUUACGGCGUGUUUCUAUUGUGUUUCACCCUAGGUUGAUUGGGUAGCUGACUGAGUUUAGUCCUGUCGCUGUCUUCCAUUAGGCUAGGUACAGAUUAUCGGCGUACCAAGAAGCCAAAAGUUCAAGUGAUCAGUUAUUGUAACUUUGUAAUUACGUGUCAUGUGGUCAGUGACCUCGGGCUGGUCACCUCUUUAUCUCUAGUGGAUUGUAUAGAGUGUUAGUUGACAGCGAAGAAGAACCUUACAACAAUGGGAACACGACGAAAAAUCGAUGGGAUCGCGCCCACAUUUGAAAAGAAGCCGUCCAUUCGACAAGAAGACGACGGAAGGAAAUUAUUUUUCGAAUGUCGUAUUCUCGCAGACCCUGCCCCUAGUGUAUCUUGGUACCAUGACGGAGUCCUUGUUAAGGCACAAGGUAGAUUUAAGGUCAGAGUUGUAAAAGACAAGAAUUCAUAUAAUUCUGCAUUGGAGAUAGAUGAUGUAUCAGUGGAGGAUGCAGGAAAAUACAAGGUUACAGCAAAAAAUGAUCUUGGGGAAAGCAAUGCUACAAUUAAUCUUAAUUUUGAUAGUGAUGAACCUGACCCAUCAGAGAGUGGUAAGCCUACAUUCACGGAAAAACCAGUUAUUAAACAAUCGAAUGACUUCAGUAAGGUCAUAUUUCAGUGUCGUCUUGUAGCUGAUCCUCCCCCAAAAAUAGAAUGGUAUCAUGCUGGUAAGCUAAUUAAAGAUGGAGGAAGGUUUAAGUAUAUUCUUACGUCUGAUAAGAAAAACCAUUCAGUUUCUUUGGAGGUUGGCCAAGUAACUGCUAAAGAUGGUGGAGAGUAUAAGGUGAUUGCCAAGAACAAAAAUGGAGAAGGUUUGGCUACAAUCAACCUUAAUUUUGAAGGUGAUGGCAAACCUAAGAUUCCGGGUGGGAAAGCCCCAAGGUUUCCCAAGAAACCUACCAUAAAGCAGGUUGGAGAUAACUUAUUCAUGGAAUGUGUGCUAGAAGCCAAUCCAUUCCCCACAAUCUCAUGGUUUCAUGGCACCAAACAGAUCUCAGAAGGAAAGAGACAUAAGUUUCAUAAAAAAGAAAUAGAAAAAGAUACAUAUGCUCUAUCACUUGAAGUCAGGGACCCUACGACAGAAGAUGGUGGAGGCUAUCGGUGUAAUGCUGUUAGUGAGCUUGGUGAGAGUAAUGCAAACAUAUCUUUGAACUUCCAAGGUGGUGAUACAGGUGAAGAUGAAGGUCCAACCUUUGUUGAAAAACCUAAAAUCAUUCCAAAAGAUGGUGGAAAGCUGAUUGUUAUGCAGUGUCGGGUGAAUAGUGUGCCCCCACCUAAAACUGUUUGGUAUCAUGGGACACAGAUUGUAAAAGAGACCAAUCGAGUUAAAAGUCGAAUAGUAAAGGAAACAGAUGAAGAAUUCACAAUAAUUCUUGAAAUCAGGGACCCAUCCAAGGAUGAUGGAGGAAGUUAUAAGUGUAACAUAAAAAAUGAAAAUGGUGAAAUCAAUGCCAAUCUAAAUCUGAACAUUGAGGGUCAGAAAAAGCCUGAUGGUGAAGCACCAACUUUUGUCGAGAAACCAAAAAUCAUACCAGAGGAUGGAGGGAAACGAAUUAUCAUGGAAUGUAAAGUACGAGCCAAACCAAAGCCUAACAUAGUCUGGUAUAGAGAGAACACAGUUGUUAAAGAAACAAAUCGAAUCAAGCAGAUUAUCAAAGAAGAAAACAAUGUAUAUAUCAUCAGACUGGAGUUAAAAGAUCCAGAACUUACAGAUGGUGGUCUUUAUCGAUGCAAUGUAAAGAACUCAGCAGGAGAAAGCAAUGCUAAUCUUACUCUAAACAUUGAAUUGGCUCCUGUCAUUAAAGAAAAACCCAAAAUUGUCAAAAGAGAUCGACAAAAGAAAAUUGUUAUUGAGUGUCAUGUCCAAUCAGCUGCCAAACCUAAAUGUAUUUGGUACAAAGAGGCAUCUACUGUACGUGAAGACUCACGCCACUCUAUCCAGAUUCGAGAAAUUUCUAAAGGAGAAUAUGCUAUUGCUCUUGAGAUUGAUAAACCUACUGCAGCAGAUAAGGGUAACUACAAACUGAUGGCUAAAAAUGAAAAAGGUGAAGUUACUUCUCAACCUAUCCAGGUGGAUCUCGAAGAACCUCCUGAAGAAAAGAAAAAAGAUGAAAAAGUUCCCAAAGGAGAAAAACCCAAGAUUGUCCAAGGCCUAAAGCCACAGACUGUGGAAGCUGGAAAUCCAGCAGAGUUUGUGUGUAAAGUUGAUUCCAAACAGAAAAUAACAGUCUCUUGGUACAAAAACAAAAGAUCCAUCAGAGAGUCUCGAGAAUAUAAGAUAUCCUUUGAUGGGUCAACAGCUAUUCUUACCAUUACUAGCACGACUGUUGAGUUUUCUGGCACCUAUUCAGUUGAAAUUGUAAAUGAAUUUGGAAAAGAAGAAAGUUCAGCAGAACUAAUUGUGAAAGAACCUCAAAAAAAGAAACCAGAGAAAAAAGAAGAAAAGAAAGAAGAGAAACCUACAAAAAAGCCAGAAGAAAAGAAAGAAGAGAAACCAGUGAAAAAACCAGAGGAGAAACCUACAAAAAAGCCAGAAGAAAAGAAAGAAGAGAAACCAGUGAAAAAACCAGAGGAGAAACCUACAAAAAAGCCAGAAGAAAAGAAGAAACUUGAGGAUCGUCGUAGUUCACGAGAUGAGCCUGGCCGACAGAAAGGUUUGGCACAGUUAAUCCCAGACUGGCCUGUCCUGCAAAAAGUGAAAAAACCACAAAAACAGCCUGAACCUGAUGAAGCACCUGAAGAAGAAAAGAAACUUAAAGUCAAACCCAAAGAGCAACAAGAAAGGAAAGAUGAAAGAGUUCUGAAAAAACCAGAAGAAAAGAAGCCUGAACCUGAGGUAAAACCCACUGAAGAGAAGAAGCUUAAAACCAAGCCUAAGGAGAAAAAAGAAAAGGAAGAAGCUCCAAAAAUCACGGUGAAGGAUAGUAAAAAUACAAAACAAGAGGGAGACCUAGACGUUCCAGUCAUUGUUAAAGAGCCUACACCCGAACCAGCACGGAAGGACUCUCUUGAACCAGGCAGUGCUACUGGGAGCAGAAGGGGAUCUGCUACUUUAGAACAGCCACUUAUUAGUCCCAGUGGAUCUCGGAGAUCUUCUAUCAUUGUAGCUGAUGAGAAAGGGUUACUUGUUGAUGAAUCUGGCAAAACUAAGAAGCUCCGUCCUGGUGAAAUGUUAGAAGUGAGACAGAAGCGAAAGACCAGUGCUGAUAUGCGGAAACAAAGUAUUCAAGACAUUGACGAGCGUGUUGAUAAAAAAUCAACUCCUCUUCGCCCUGUUCCUGAAGAAGAAGAGGGUCCUCCAGCCUUUGUGGAUUAUCAGGAGAACGUGUCAGCUGUGGAAGGUCAGACAGCAUACUUGGCAUUUGAGGUAGAAGGCAACCCAGUCCCAGAAUUCCGCUUUUAUAAAGGUGUGUCAGAAAUUUUUGAAGGUGGGCGUUACAAAGUGGUCACUGAUGGAGAAACCAACAAUGUGUUUUUCUGUAUUCGCAAGGCUAAAUCAACAGAUGAGGGUCGUUACAAGGUAGUUGCCUACAACAAACAUGGAGAGGAUAGUAUCAACAUGUCUUUGUUUGUCAGCAGUGAAGGUGGAAUGGACUUCAGAACAAUGUUGAAACAUAGGCAGUACGCCAAGUGGGGAAAAGGAAAACAGGAUCCUGACUGGGGUGAUCUGAAACCAUUAGAGGAGGAAGAGCAGGCCAAGAAAGAGACAAAG